AUGAAUCCGAAGAAAGUUAUAAUCAUCGACAACUACGAUUCCUUCACAUGGAAUAUCUAUGAGUACUUAUGCCAAGAAGGCGCGAAUGUGGAUGUGUACCGCAACGAUAAAAUCAGUGUGGAUGAAAUUGAAGCAUUAAAUCCUGACAUUCUGCUCAUCUCGCCAGGCCCCGGACAUCCAAAAACGGACUCUGGUAUCUCGAGAGACUGCAUCAAGUAUUUCAUUGGAAAAAUACCAGUUUUUGGGAUUUGCAUGGGCCAGCAAUGUAUGUUUGACGUUUUUGGUGGUGACGUUGCGUAUGCAGGUGAGAUCGUCCAUGGUAAGACGUCGUCGAUAUUCCAUGAUAACAAAGGUGUUUUUAGAAAUAUUCCUCAAGGUGUAUCGGUAACGAGAUACCACUCACUGGCUGGCCUUGAAAAAUCUUUACCUGAAGAGCUAGAAGUAACUGCAACAACUGAGAACGGCGUCAUAAUGGGUGUCAGACACAAAAAAUACACUGUUGAGGGCGUGCAAUUUCAUCCGGAAUCAAUCUUAACGGAGGAAGGCCAUCUAAUGAUUAGAAACAUUUUGAGCACCUCUGGUGGCACCUGGGAGGAAAACAGCAAGAAUCUCAAAAGCAUGAACGCUAAAGGGUCAAUUUUGGAUAAAAUCUACCAACAACGUCAGAAGGACGUAAAAGAACAAUCCAGCAUACCGGGCUUUACCCUAAAAGAUCUGCAGGUAAACUUUGAUUUGGGAUUGGCACCAACUAUUUUAGAUUUUUAUCAACGUGUGAAAGCAUCGCCUGGUAAAGGUGCUGUGCUGGCGGAGGUCAAACGUGCGUCUCCAUCGAAGGGUGACAUUUUCUUGGACGCCGUUGCUGCCGAGCAAGCAUUAAAGUAUGCAAGGGCUGGUGCCUGCGCAAUUUCAGUUUUAACGGAACCACACUGGUUCAAGGGCUCUAUACAAGAUUUAGUCAAUGUAAGAAGAGCGCUAGAUUUGGAAUAUUCUUCAGACUCAUCGAAAAGACCUUGUGUUCUGAGAAAAGAGUUCAUAUUUAACAAAUACCAAAUACUUGAGGCCAGAUUGGCGGGUGCAGAUACCGUUUUACUAAUCGUGAAGAUGCUGGAUGAUAAACUAUUGAAGGAGUUGUAUCAGUACGCGAAAAAUGACCUCAAAAUGGAGCCUUUAGUCGAGAUUAGCUCGAAGGAAGAGCUGAAACGCGCUAUCACAAUAGAUGCCAAAGUAAUUGGAGUCAAUAAUAGAGACUUACACUCAUUCAAUGUAGAUUUGAGCACUACAAGCAAUUUGGUAUCGUUAAUUCCAGAUGGUACUUUAUUGAUCGCUUUAUCUGGUAUCACUACUGCCCAAGAUGCUCAGUCUUAUAAGGAGGAGGGUGUGCGCGGAUUCUUAGUUGGAGAAGCACUAAUGAAAUCUGCAGAUGUCAAAUCUUUUAUUGAGGAUCUUUGUGCUUAG